UUUUGCAUGUAUGCCAUUGAGAAUCAAAGGUAUUAGAUAGUGUGCAUGUUGUCAUCCUGUCACACAUUUUACAUGCUAUUCAAAGUUGGCUCAAUAUCUAUGGCAUCUCAUAAAAGAAAUGGAACUUCUUUACACUAUCAAAUUGGUAUAUAUAGAUGUAUGGCCCAUUUGAAUACUUUUCCACUAUCCAUUGUGAAUGUAUAUUAAAACGAAGAUUCUCCUAGGAAGUCUUUUCUUUUCCAUUCAACAUGUGUUGUGCUAGCUUUUUUUUUGCCCUUCACCAGUCAACAAGCUUUUGUUUCAAUUGCAAUGUAUUCAUGUAGUUAUUGUUUUCAAUUCGAGUACUAUGCUUUACUUUCUUUUUUUAUAUGAUUUCCAUGGACUAUCUUAUGUCCUCAAAACAUCCAUUUCUCAACCUUAUCCAAUAUUUUUUUCCUACUGAGAGCCUCUUCCUUUGCUUUUAUUAUCUGGUUAUCCAUGUCAGCAAGUAACUCAGAAGGAUCGACAUUCCUAGAAUCAAUUAGAGCCAUAAUUUUUUCUUGAGCAGCCUCUGAAUCAAUCUCACUAUGAGCAUGAGCAAAAAUCUCCUCAAGCUCAGUUUGCCUUUUUAAAGCUAUUUCCUUCAUCCUGCUAGCUUUUAGUUGAUCAAGCCUUUCAACUGCCACCUCAGCCUUGACAACAAAAAACAAGUCAAUAUUUAAACAGCAGGUAUUUGAUACAAAUUCAAGGACCUUGUGCAACCUCUUACUCUGCCACCAGAUCAAAUAAUCAACCAAAAUUCAUUGACUCAGUGGGUAUGAAAGUUAGUCAAAUUGAUGUUAAUCGAACAAUAUGAAAUAAAUUAUCUUUUCCUUUUGCAGUUCUUGGAGCCGAGACUGAAACUCAUCCAAUGCAUAUAGUAAGGAAUACGUUCAUAGUAUGUUACAUGAUCUUGUGCCAGCACAUUUGCAUAAUGUAGUGCCAACCAUGUUUCAUAAUGUGGCAUCAACACAGUUUCAUAAUGUAGCUUCUACACAUGUCCAUGACUCUAGGCUUCCGCAUUAGCUUGAACUUUAUUUUGUGGACGCUGGUUAUAGCAGCAUGGAUUAGUUCUUUUCUUUUUGUUAUUAUUUUUUUUCUUUUGCCUUUGUAAAUUAGAAGCAAUAGUUAACAAAGGAACUAUUCUUAUCCAAUUUAUUUUUGCUUUCUUAUGUUUCUCAUAUUUUUGGCCUUGAAUUUCCAUUGAUUUGAGUAGGGUUGAUCUGGGAAAUGGUGGGGCUAGAUGAAAUAUCAUACCAAGUCAUACUCGAGAGCUUUUAUGAUUUUGUUGAGGGGUGUGAAUAUUCCCAAAUGACAUGUUGAAAAAUAGAUUUUACACAAUUGUAUGUUUCUGUCCCAACUUGCUAACCCACAUGCAGAGACAGUUGGCACAAGGAUGAUCAUCACUGAUUUACCAUUUUCUUAGUGCAUGCAAUUGGGUGACUUGUUUGUACUCAAAUGGCAGUGAUCCUUCUAACCAGCUUUUCCCUAUAGGUCUUUAGCGCUUGGAAUUUAAUUGAAGUUGCCAAUGAAGUCUGAUUCGUGUUGUCUGGAAAUCCCAAAAAUAACUCAAUGAAGAUGGUCAACAUAAAGACUUCACCAUGUUCCUUGGGUUUGUUGUUUAUAUAUGUAUGUAUAUAUGUUAAAAUGUUACUGGUAGUGCUUAUAAAAAAAAUAUUGAUUCUCCAGAUUUUCUAAUUUUUUAUUGAGAGUUAACCACGGCUUGGGUUUUCAGCUCUUUAUUUAUGGUUUUCUAUAUUGUAAAAAUUGACUUGGAGAAUGCAUUAUACUGAAAGUGGCACAACUUUUGUGCUCUUGCCAUUUUCUUAUUAAUUUCAAGUGGGAUAGCUUGAAUUGACGUGUGAUACCUGAGAUCAUUUAAUAGUGUUCAUGAGUCAAUCAUAAUAUUUUUGAGUUUAAGCUUGGUUAUCUGCUUUGGUUUAUGUAAUUUGAUUGGAGUUUCCUCACAUUCAUUUUAAACAGGUUCUUGGUCAGCGGUAUUGUCCACCCGUGGAAGUCUUUAAAAGUUGCUGCAGAGACGUUAAAAAAGGUUGUGUGAGACCAAACAGCGCCCGGUAUUAUCUCUCUUUUGUUGAUCAAGGUGGAGAGGGGAAUCGAUCAGAACCAGUAGAACCUCAUCUGGUAGUCCAAAUGGACACAGAGAGUUCUGUACUAUACCAGAAAACCUGCCUCGACUAUUGUUUUGAAAAACCAAUAAAGGUGGAGGGGAUACAAGAAAUCAACCUGUCAGGUGGAGGGGAUACAGGAAAAACCAAUAAGUGUAUACUGUCAAAUGUUUUGAAAUGCCUUGGUGACAAUAAAAAACAUAUGAGAGAAAGCACUCUGACUACUUUAGAUGCUUGGCUUGUUGCUAUUCAUCUCGACAAAAUGGUGCCUUACAUCACUACUGCUUUGAUGGAUGCGAAGCUUGGCACGGAAGGGCGCAAGGAUCUUUUUGAUUGGCUAUCAAGGCAACUUAGUGGAUUAAGCAAUUUUCCUGAUGCUGUAAAUCUGAAUUAUGUAUUGUUUCAAUUUGUUAUGCUAGAUGGAUGUGACUUGUGAAUGAAAA